CUGUGUACUCUGAAUAUGUUGAAAACCAAUAUUAAGAGUCAAUCGGUUCAUGAAUCGUCUUUUAUUAUCGGGAAGUUACAUUGACUCCGCGUUAUUAACUAGAACAUACAAUUCUCUUGAGCUGCAAGUUCCUUAAAACCUGAUAAAUGUAAAUGUUAACAGUAAACAUCACAUAUUCCACCUGUCGUAUGUUUACGCGUGCAAUAAAUAAUUCAUAUUUGCACAUUUUCAGACAAAAGCCUUACGCUACAAGGAAAAAUAUCAUUGGUCGAGAUCUCUCUAACGCUCAACCCAUGUUUUGUCUUCACAGUAGUAACCUUUCGUUUUCCUUAGCAACAAAGUGUUUAAAUGCCUCAGUCAUUUACCAUAUCCUAGCUUUUUGAAUAAAUGAUUAAGGAUUUCACAUUCGGUGAGUCACUUGAGAAACACAAAUUCAUUUAUGUUCCGAAUUAUUUUUAUCAUAAGGACAAGCUUAUAAGGAAAGGAUAACCUCAUGAACAGCUUAUAAAAAUAUGGUGCCAUUACCGAGGAUCUAUGAAGCAUCAGUUACGUUAGGAACGCAGACAGAAUAACAAAGCACACGGCAACUCAGUCUCAGCAGCUAUGUCCACAAAGUAUCCAGUUCAGGUGGACUGCAUAAGACAAGUGCCACCCACGGCGCUCGAAACGGAAGAAGAAAUCCCAACGGAUGAGGCUGUACAUCCAGAAAAAACAGCAGAUAGUAGUGAUGAUGAAUACGACACGGACUUAGAGGACGAUUUCACAAAAGAUUCUCAGGACAACAACAACCAGGAAAGGGAACAUUAUCUGACGGCCUGUAAAAAUCUUGGCCUGAUCCCUUGCACGCCGUUUCUAAGGCAGAUCGGUAAGGCAGAGAUGAAUCUGAAGCAUUACAAUCUGGGGCCACUUGGAGCCGAUGCAGUGGCGGUAGCGCUGAUGCAAAAUACAAAUGUACUGUCGGUGAAUAUUGCUGAUAACUGCAUCGGUGCAGACGGGGCUAUCUACAUGGCCAAGAUGCUAACCGAAAAUCCGUUUAUUACAGAACUGGACGUCUCGCAGAAUGAUCUGCGUACACAAGGGGCAUAUGCUAUGUCAGAAAUGUUAAGAGAGAGCUCCGAACUUCUAGAGCUCAACCUCUCGAAUAACGGUUUCCAGGAAAAAGACGCUGAGCCUAUAGUGGAAGCUAUGAAACAGAAUUACACAUUGAAAUCGUUGAAUCUGAGUCAUAACCACUUCUGUGACAUGGGUGGACGACUGCUAGGUCCGGCAAUUGACGCCAACGUGGGUCUUGAGUAUCUCGAUUUGAGUUGGAAUCACUUCAGAAGGCAAGGAGCGAUUGCCGUUGCUUAUGGAUUGAGAAACAACUGCGCUUUAAAAUUCCUGGACUUGUCAUGGAAUGGCUUUGCAGACGAUGGUGCGAAAGCAAUCGGCGAUGCAUUGAGCGAGAACAACACUCUGACUGAGCUUGAUAUUUCUAGUAACCGGAUAUCUGCCGCUGGAGCGAAGAGUCUGGCGAACGGGCUGGCUAACAAUUCAACUUUGCAGAUCUUACGCAUCGGACAGAACCCGUUUCAGAGUGAAGGUGCUUAUGAGAUCUUGAGCGCCGUGGCGAAAAACAAAGAGAGCGCCAUUGAAGAGUUGUACUUCGACGACAUUCCUGUGAAUGCUGAGUUUGAGGACUUAUUGGAGGAAGUUUUGGAUGAAAGACCGAAUCUGAAUGUUCAGUGCGGAACGGCCAUGAGAGGGAAGGACAGGGUCAAGAGAAUGAAGAAAAAAGUGGACGUUCUCAAUUUGCUCUUGGAGUACAUUGAGCUCAGAGGUCUUCGUGUGGUAGACUUUUUCCGCCAGUUGGACAAGGACAACAGCAAAAAAAUCUCAAGAGCUGAAUUUAUGAACGGAGUAAAGCAAGCUGGAAUACCAAUGACUAGAAAGCAACUCAAGAAGCUCGUUCAAAUUCUGGAUACAGACAAUGAUGGUAACAUUGACUACGGAGAAAUGAUCGCCAUCAAAAAGGACGAAGUGUUUGACUUCUACCACAAAAAGAAGGUUUACAAGAAAGACGAUCCAUUACUGCAGUCCUUUAAAGCCGCCCAACUAAAGAAGCCCUGAACAAACGGAGGCUGUUUCAGUACAGGGCAGCAAGUUUUACACCUGAUUAGUUGAGAUGUUGAGGCGAGUCUGGACCAAUUACAUGGCAGAGUAAGACCUAGACCAGACCUGGUGCAAUCGCUGAUUUCAAAUGUGCACACCUACAUGUAGUGCUAAAAAUUAAGGCUAAAAGGCAACGGAAAGUACAGUGUAACCAAAUAUUCAGUCUUUCACAAACACAGUUUCCCCUUGCUUGGUUAAGAAAACUGAUGACAUACAUGUAACACACAUUUGAGAAGAGGGAUGCUUUGUAAGCUCCAUCAGACUGGUCCAGGGGAUAAACCGACCAACCCACUAGUAUCAUCUAACUGUUACAUAAUCAACUAUUAUUACACGACUUGGGCAGUCAGAGGGCCAAUAACUAAAAUCAACCAAUCAAAAUGCUCUAU